CAGCAGGACACACAGCUCCUGUUGCUCUCUUUCGCAGCUGGCUCAGGCUAUCAAGUGGCAAACGAAAUUUUUCAGAGACUCUUGGGACAUGAUGAAUUGAACUUCCUUCUGGAUGAAAUGCAAGUUGCUGAAAAAAAUUACCAGGAACUAAACAAUAUUUCCAAGCAAAGGGCACAAGCUUUCCUAGUUCUGACAUCUUUGUCAGCCACAGUUGGAGCCAGAGCCAAUUCUGCAGAAGAGAAAACACGACGUAUGGCAUUAAUAAGACAGUGUAUGGGAGAAACAUUGUCUAUGGAGGUCCAACACGUCCUCACCAAACAUGGAUCACACCAUGACUGGGAAACAUUAGAGAAAGACUUGAGGUUAAUUUUGGAUGGAAAUUAUGAAGACACCACGUCUUCUUUACAAAUGGAUGACGUGAAAAAACAAUUGGAAAGUCUCUGGCAUAAAAAGGAAGUGUCUCAUACGCCAAAAUCUAAUGAAAAAAAAUCAAAUGAGGUGAUAGAAAACAAACCUUUCCUAGACAUCCUCCAACGUGUAGGCCUAGAACAUUACUACCCAAGAAGAAUGAGCAGAGCUGACUUCCACCUGAUCUACAAGAAUUCCGUGUACAACACCCAGCCCAAAUCUGAACAGGAACUUCCC